CAAGCGUGUUGACAAUUGACAAGUGCCAGUACAAAGUUCAGCCACCCAGAUCCAUCCCGAAAAUCCACUCUGCUUGAUCUCACAAUGAGGACUACCACCUUUACAGCCACCCUUUCUUUCGUUUUACUCCUUCUCAUCUCCCCGGCUCGAAGUCUGAUCCACAGCAUUUCCGCACCUACAAAAAUCCUUCACCCAGGUGAAAAGUUCAUCGUGACAUUCCACACAACUCCUUACAUCCAAAACAAUCUUCAAUUCUACGCUCUCUUCGGGAUAGCACCCUUUCCUGGCUUGGGAGUAUCCUUCUUGGGACUCCCCAUUCCGGCUGUGGCCCCCGUUCCUGGUGCAGAUGGUGGAUUGGGUUUGCGUAACCUCUUUAGCGGACCCAGCGGGAAGGGAAAAUCUGGGAUCGACAUUGGUGGAAUAGAUCUCUGGGAGGCGAAUUUGGGGAACAUUGGUAGUCCGAAGGGAUUCAACGUGACGUUGAGGUUACCCGUGGAUUUGAGCACGACGAAAAAUCGAGUGACGAAGGUCGUGCUUCAAACUGGUGUGCUUGGAAACGUGGGAGCAUCUAGGUUCACAACGCUGUCUUUUUUCAACACUACGAUUAGUAUCAAGUCUCCCUAACGCUCCUGAUGCCCACCCCAACAAAUUUCUAACGCGUUUCAUCGAUAUUAUUCCCCGGACCACAUUCGUGUAUAAGUGAUCUA